AUGACUGAUAAAUUCGAGCCAGGUUCAAUUCGUUCAGUCAGAAUGGUCAAUUUCAUGAAGCAUUCCAAUCUGUGCAUAGAGCUUAAACCACAUGUUAACUUUAUCACAGGUAGAAAUGGUUCUGGAAAAUCAUCAAUUUUAGUUGCUCUUUCUGUUGGUCUUGGAUGCAAUUCAAGAGUUUCAGGAAGAGGUAAUAAGCUUGAAGAAUUGAUUAAAGAUGGCCAGAACAAAGCAAUUAUCACAAUUACAAUUCAAAAUGGCCCGGAUGGCUAUAAUUAUGAGACCUACGGCAAUACCAUUACAGUCAUAAGAUCAAUCACCAGAACAACAAGCCAUUUUGAAAUCGAAGGAUUCAAGAAAAAUCAAAGUACGAGCAUUCGUGAAGAAUUAGAGCGUAUUCGAUCAUUUUUCAACAUUCAAAUUGAUAACCCAUGUUCUAUCAUGCACCAAGAUACUGCUCGUGAGUUCAUUGCUUCAUCAUCUCCAACAAGAAAAUACGAACUUUUCAUGAAAGGAACUUUGCUUUCUCAUCUCAUAGAAGAGAUCAAAAACAUCAAAGUAAACAUUGAGAAGGUCGAAUCCCAGAAACUCCAACGCCUUGAAGAAAAAACAGAACUUGACAGAGAAUUCGAAAAGCAAGAAAGGAAAUACCAGAUCGUUAAGGAAGCCGAUGGCAUUCAUCAGCGCAUACAUGAUCUUGAAGAUGAACUCGUCUGGUCCCACUACAGAGUCGCUUAUCAAGCUGUACAAGAUGUACAAACAAAGAUCGACGAUAUCAAGCAGAAAAUUCAAGAGAAAGAUGUUGUAAUUGAAGAGAAGCGUCGCAAGAAAGAAGAAGCUCAAAAACUCUACGAUGAAAAUAAAAAAGAAUAUGAUGAGAAUAUGGCUAAAAUCCAAGAAAUCAGGAAUAAAAUUCAGCAAUUAGGUACUCGAUUAGCACCAAUUAAAGCAGAAUUACAUCAGCAGAAGUCUCAAUUAACUCAUCGCCAAAAUUCCGUACAAAUGAUCGAAAAAGACUUACAGCGCAAGGGUUCAGAUCUUGCAAGGAUGGAAGCCCAGCGCGAACGAGAGCUCCAAGAUGCUCAAAACCGUCGUAAAAAGUUUAUCGAACAAAGACAAACGGAAUUACAGAACAUUGAAGUCCAAUUACCAAGCCUCGAUAGCGAAAUCGACAGCUUAUCCGCUCAAAUCAGCAGUCUCUCCAACCAGGAAGCCCAAGCCGGAGCUGCAUGCAGAGAAUACGAAUCCAGGCUCAACAACGUCAAAGGAAAACUUGAAGUUCUUAAGAAAGCAUCCUCUUCUGAUGACAAAUCCAGCAAUGUUGAUAAUUCAAAUCGUUAUGAUUUCAAGCCAUUUGGUCCUUUGUCGAAUUACAUACAUAUGAAAGACAACAUGAGCAAAUGGGCACUUGCUGCACAACAUAUCGUCGGAAAAGCCUUGGAUGUUUACGUUGUUCACUCCAGAAACGAUGAACAACAGUUCAGAAGAACAAAUCCAACUGCAACGAUCAUUCAAUCCAGUUUUACAAAUCCUAGAUACGACAUUGGCAACCCCAGACCUCCUUGUGAUGGUGCACAGCGUAUUAUCGAUGUUCUUUCAUUCAAAGACGAAGAAAUACAAGGCGUUGUCAACAGAACAAGAACAAAAUCUCACACAGGAGACAUAAUUUACAAUGUUUUGAUUGAUAUCUAUUCAGCGGACAGGACAUGGUGUAUUGAAGAUGAAAGGAUGGCGAAAGAAGCAGCGUACAGUGGCCGUGUUCCUUCAACAAUCACAACAAGCGGUGUACAAUUCAAGAUACAAAGUGGUUUCGAAGUAAUGUUGGGUGCCAAAAACAUGCAAAUAAGAAUUGGUGAAGACACAUCCGCCAGAAUGAUACAGUUACAAAAGGAAUUUGAUGCUAUUUCGCAGAAGAGAAAUGAAGCAAACAGAGCAGCUGCUGACAUCAAAAGACAAACAACGGAUUUGAGAAACAGAAGAUCAAAUCUUGAUAAACAGAAAUCACAAUUAACUGUGAGAAUAAACAGAAUCAGAGCUGAAUUGGCCAAUCCUCCUAAUGAUGGAAGUGAUAUCGAUGAUAGAAUCAGUAAUUUACAGGACACAAUUGCUGAUUUAAGAACAAAAAUCGAAGAAGAAAAAAGAGAUAUUCCUCAAUUAGAAACAAGAAUUGAAUCAUUGAACAGAGACAAAAAAGCUCUCCAAGAAGAAAUUAAUGAUAUCAAUGACCAGUUAAAGACACAAUCAACUGAUAAAAGUAAUACAGAUAACUUAUACAGAGCCAUCAAAACUGCUGAAAGAGAUUUCGAUAAUGAACAAAGAGAAAAAGACUCUUUGACAUCCCGUUUGACACAACAAGAAAACGAGUUCAGAAAGGCAGAUGCAGAAGCUAAAUCUGUAUACGAGAAAGCCAUGAAACACUCACCAGAACGCGAGCAACAAUUUAAGAAUAACACAAGACCACCUGGCCAACUUUCAAAUCUCUUGAAACAGGAAAGAGAAAAAUACGAAGAAGCACAAAAAGUCAAUGGUUUGGACUUCAACCAAGUUAGACAUCAAUACGAGAAGAUGAAGAGAGAAGUACAAAAUGCAGAGACUUAUUUGAAUGAUUUGGCUGAAUUCAUUGACCAUUCAGAAGAAGCUUUGAAGAUGAGAGAAAAGAAGUUAGAAGAAAUGAAACAUUCUAUAACAAGAAGAACGAAAAUUUCGUUCAUGCAAUACCAAUCUAAAAGAAAAUACACAGGAAAGAUUAAGUUUGACCAUGAACAACAUAUCAUUAAUAUCGCUGUCAAACAAAAAGCUGAUUCUGAAUUUACUGAUGUUUCUAAUUUGUCUGGAGGUGAAAAGAGUUUCUGUUUGGUUUCUUUGCUUCUUUCUCUUUGGGAUGUCAUGGAAUGUCCUUUCUAUUGUGUCGAUGAAUUCGAUGUUUUCAUGGACCAAGUAAAUAGACAGGCUGCUACUUCUUUGUUGGUUCAAGGUGCUCAAUCAAUGAGUACAAGACAGUUCAUUUUCUUGACUCCUCUUUCUUUGGAUCACUUGAAGAAUGCUGGCGAAGAUGUCGCUAUUUUCGAAGUUGCUUCUACAGAUCCUACUCAGUAA